AUGGUAAUUCCCUACGAGACUUCCCUUAACGACUUGAUCAAUAUUAUUGAUCAACAUCAUAAUAUAAAAGUUAAUCUUAAUAACUUAUAUUUUAAGAAUGGCAUCGAUGAUAGAAUUAACCUUGUAGACGAAGAAGAUUGGAUUGUGGCAAGAUUUGAAGCAAAGGAAGCUAUGAGUAACAAGAUAGUUUUCACAGGAUUUAACAUUAAUGUUCUUGCAUUAAUCGAUAAAGUUCAAUUUGGUCCUCGGUAA